AUCGUACAACGUGUUAUUAAAGAUAAAAAAAAGAUUGUUCAAUUAUAAAAAGUAACGGAAAUACAGUAUAUACUUGAGAGCUGCUGAAAUAAGGGGAAGAAUUUAUUUUGACAUAAUGAUAAGUUAUCGUUAAUGUCAGAGUUGCGAAAUAACUGCGAAGUACGAGAAAAAUAGUGAUUAUCGUCCGAGACUCGUCCGAGAUGUCAUCUCCGAAUCGCGCUUGGCGAAGUAUGGUAAUUACGAAUACGAUGAGCAACACGAGAGAAUGUACAGGCCGGACGAUGGUAAAUCGUCGGGUAGCGGACUUUGCCAUUUCCGUCCAGCAACGGAGGCUGUGGAACCGUGGAUGCUUCCUGAAGUUCAAGAACACUUCGCCCGGUUAAUCUCGCCGAGCCGCACGCGAUCACAUCGGGAACCUACGUUCAAUUUGCAAAGCUCAGCAAUAUCAAUACUGAAGUGCAACACCUUGAGGAGGGAAAAUGAAAACGUUUGCUCGAAUUUCCAAUCGGAUUGGAGCGAAAAUUCGAAAAAACGACGUCAGAAGAUCGAUCUGAAGGAGAGCAGAAAAAUUGGAUUAUAUGGCGAGUCGCUUUCGACUCAUAAAUCAGAUGAAAGUGAAUCACAUGAAAGAUCAACCAAAACAUUCGCCCGUCAUCAGCGAUACACCGUGGAGACCAUCGCGGAAAUACAGCUGCAAUCUCGCAUCGAGAGCGAUGCUGUGCGUGACAUAUGGAACGUGGGGAAGUUUCAACGGCAGCAACAGCAACAAUGUCAUCAGCAGAACCAGCAAUCACGGAUUAUUCGGCAGAUACAGCCCGCCACCCAGCAUCAUCAACCCUUCUAUUGCACGCUGCAGUAUCAGCCUCUGAUUCUGAGAGCGCAAUAUCAGCGGAGACUGUUGCAAUCGCCGUCACUACCAUCUCCACCGCCACCGAUCCUAAGCGCCGAAGUGCCGGAAUUCUUCCCCAAAUCAAUCCCAGUUCCGAUAACGUAUAGCCUAAACGCCGAUAAGGAACGCAAAGCUCGUCAGAUACGCUAUUUUCCAUCGUUCAACGACAGAAACUAUCAGAGCGAGCUGUUUCCCUACAAUAGGCCGCAGCAUGAAACUAUAUUUCCGAACACCAGAAUGUCCAUAUUACCUGCCACAGAAACGAACGUGUUCCGAUCUUCUCAGGAAUGGUUCCAAAGAGUCGCACCACCGAUGCAGCUACAGUUAGCGGCUGCUUCGUCUCCUCUGCCGGUUUGCACGUCGUUGCAGCCGAUUCACGAUGCUACGAUCGGCCAUCGUCCUCUACAGAUGUAUGAGAAAUUUGUGCCAUGCACUCAGUCGAGCCCAACGACGCCCAUACCUGUAUAUCAGCGACCGAUAGAACUGUACCAGGAACCAACGUCGAAACGGAAGAAUCAAGGAGUCGAUUUCAACAAUCUCAUACUACUAACGAAGAAUAGCAUCAAGACACGACGCGGUCACGCGAAAAGCACCGCUCAAUCACCUUUCCUCCCGGACUCCAAACAGAACCUGAGAACUUCCGGUCACAAGAUGCAGGUGCAAUGGCUCGACAAGGAUCACUGCGCGAAGAAUGCUGAAGAGAUCGUGGCUGUGAACGCAUUGGUAUCGGAGUUGCGUAGCUUUGAGGAGAAAUACGAGUACGAUAAAAGAGCCAGCACCAGCUGGAAAACCGUCGCUGCUGCUUCGCAAAGUCAGCAAGGAUCGUGCGAAACUGCAAGAUCGAAGGACAGAAUCUUUGGGAACGAAAGCGCAAGAUGCAAGACUUUGGACGCUGAAGGGAAGGAUAAAAAGAUGAAGCGGCCACUUUAUAGAGACGUUCUCGCAAAUGCCUCGAGCGGAGUAGUUCCGGAAAAUGUCUUUGAGAAGAGAUACGACGAACUCGAGCAACAAGCGAUGGAACAAUACAGAAACUCGGAAGAAUCGCUAGCGCUCAAAUACCAGGAAUUGGAGCGCCAAGCGAUGGAACAAUAUAGAAAUAGUCGCACAGGGGACGAUAAGCGUUCGGUAUCUUCCGAGGACCAACAUUGUUUUGAUGGACAAAGGUGUUCGGGACGCGGACAAUGCAGUCCUUCAAUAGAAUAUACAGAAAGAAAAGGUUGUUGCUUUCCACAAAUUACACUGCUGAAGCCAAAGGGUAAAUCUCUGCCCAAUGUUUUUGAUGGAUCAUCGUGCAACGACGGCAUUCGGCAAUCAGCCGCCGCUUCAAGAAGUCUAUCUACGUUGACCGACAGAUUGUUGAGGGAAUCGAAAAACAUAUGUAAGGGUGCAUCAGGAGAUAAAAUUGAUACUAACGUUCGAACAUCGUUGAAGCGGCGUCUGAUACUGAUGUCACCCUUCGAGCGCAAGUCAGAGGCCAGACGAUUGAUGAAGACGACGGACUUGCAUGGGAUAUGCACACUCUCUCGAGCGAAAAAGAACGUCUUCAAUUACUAUCGGACCUCCGAAAUCGCUCAAAACGGCAGCGGUGACGAAAACAUAACGAUCAUACAGUCUCCUAAUAGAGAAAUUUGGUUAUCCGGAUUCUGGACUACUUGAAUCGAAUAAAUUUCCUUCAGAACAAUUAAAAGAGCUUCAAGCUUUUUUGCAGACGUCGAUGAAUUGGAUUUGAAAAAUUCUUGGGA